AAUUUGUCGGUCUUUUCUUCUCGCUGCGCAAAGUCUAUUAUUAAAGCGCCGCGUUAACAACAACUUGUGCAAAAUUAUUGAAAGAAAAUUGUGAAAUUGUGUUUAAGAACUUGAAUGUGCUAAGAGGCAAACAGUCUUAAGCAGCCAUGAGCGAAGAAACUUAUCAAAUAGAAACGCGCCGGCGUUCCCGCUCCAAGACGCCAUUUCUGCGCUCCAGCUGCGAUCAUGAGAAUUGCGAGCAUGCCGGAGAAGAGGGGCAUGUGCAUCAUAAGAAGAAGAAACCCUCCAUGGCACCGAAUGUGCAAACCAUUGUGGAGGAGCACAUUGUGGAAACCAAGUCCAGCAGCAGCAGCAGCGGAAAAAAUAAAAACAUGCGCUCCAAGAUGAAUAUGCAGGCAACAUCGGACUAUUCCAGUGAUGAUACAACGCCUUUGUCCAAGCGCAAGCAGCUGCAUAGCAAGGCAAGCACCACCACAACGACGUCAUCCAGUGUAACCAGCAUGUUUUCCAAUACGAGCAAGCGCAUAGGCAAUGCCUUUAGCAAUCUAAGCGCCGUGACAUCCACGCCACGCAACUUGCUGGAAACCACACAAAAUGUGUUGAACUCAGCGCAGGAGCUGAGCGCUAGCCAACGCAGCAAUGGCGACUUAAGCAAAGACCACUUGGCCUACAUUGAGUACAGAGAUGCGGGCGAGUACUGGAACAAAACACCCAAAACGGAUUAUACUUACUCGGAGCUGUCGCCGCAUCGUCGUCAGCUAGCGCCUGGCAUUAUUGCCAUGCCCAACAUGUCGCGUCGCAGUCUGGAGCAUCAUGAUGAGCGCGUCAAUUCCAUGAUCAACAGAAAUCCAACACAGGAGGACUUCAUACGCCGUCGCUAUCAAACCAAGACGACAACCACACAUCUGAACUACGACUCUGGCGACGAGGUGGACAUUACACAGUUUGGCAAGCAAGAGCAGAGCUGGUGGCUACUGCGCUUCAUCAGUGUGAUUGUCAGCACUGUCAGCAGCACUUGGAAUCGCGUGACCAACAUCUCAGAGACGGAAACCAAUGCAUAUCACAACUAUUAUGCCAAUCAGCAGCGCCAGCAGCAAAGUGGCUUCUUGGUCAGAAGUUUUAGUAGCCUGUUACGCUAUAUAUACAUUAGCAUUGUAUCCGUCAUGAGCCUGGACACUUGGCUGCUGCGCUCCAGCAAUGCAGAGAACAAGACCAAGAAGCGUUUUCUACUGCUGCUGCUGAUUCUGUUGCCAUUGCUGUUGCUAGCGGCAUGCUGGUGGUGGUGGCUGCCGGCAGAGCAACGCGUGCAACAUGUGCAGCAGGUGAAGGCGCUGCUGCCGUUGCCACUAAGCAUAGUUGCAGCAAUGCGUGCGCAGUUUGCGAACAUUAAGACGGUGUUGCAAGGAGGAGUUGAGUGGCGUGCAGCGCCAGUGCAAGAUGCUGCCGCCAUAAAGUUGCAAAUGGCGCAAGUGGAGCAGCAGAUGCAGAAAUCAUUGACGCCCGAGGAGUAUGAGAAUAUUUUGAAUCAUGUCAAUAGCUAUGUGCAGCAGCUGGUGGAGCUGAAGUUGCAGCAACAGGCGGCGUCACAACAACAGCAGCAGCAGCAACUGUCGCCGCAGCAAACGAAAAUCAUUGCGCAGCUGCUGCGUGAGAAUCUAGCACAAUUUGUGGAACAAACGCAGCUAAGCGAGCAGCAGCUGGCGGAUCUGGCUUUGCGCUUGAAGCUGCAACUGCAGCAGGCAGGCGAGUGGCAAGCGGGCAGCGUCAAGUUAACGCCGGCGCAGCUGGCAGAGUUUACCAAACUGGUCAAGGCGGAGCUGCAACUAGAGCAGCAUCAUUAUACUUUGCAGCUGGAGCAGCUUGACUUGACAGCGCUGCUGCAGCGUUUGCUAAGCUCAGCGCAGCUGGCGCAGUUUGUAGAUGAGCGCAUCAGCGCGGCCUUGCAACAGCAGCAACUGCAUGCAGCGCCAUUGGCGGAGCAGCAAGUGGAUCAACUAAACAAAGAGAUUGUCUUUAUCAAGCUAGCGCUGUCCGAUAAGCAAGCAGAGAAUGCCGAUCUGCAGCAGUCCAUAAGCAAUCUGAAGCUGACCCAGGACGAUUUGUUGACGCGCAUGCAGCAGCAUGAGCUGGCGCAGGAUACACGCUUUAGCGGACUGCUGGCUGAGAUUGAGGCCAAGCUGGCUACACUGCAGCAGUCGCAGUUUGCGCUGCUCAACAAGCAGGUGAAGCUGACGCUUGUGGAAAUCUUGGGCUUCAAGCGCAGCGCAGAUGGCGAAAUGGCGGGCAAGCUGGACGAUGUGGAUCUGCAGAACUGGGUGCGCAGCAUGUUUGUGGCCAAGGAGUAUCUGGAGCAGCAGCUGCUCGAGCUGAACAAGCGCACCAACAAUCACAUACGUGAGGAAAUUGAACGCUCCAGCAUUAUGCUAAUGAGCGAUAUAAGCGAGCGUCUCAAGCAUGAAAUACUGUCCGCCGUUGAAGCCAAACACAAUGAGAGCAGCGCUACGAUCAAAGUGCAAAUGGGCGAGCAGGAAGUUAGGAAUAUAGUCAAGGCGGUGCUCGCCAUUUACGAUGCAGACAAAACAGGCCUAGUGGACUUUGCGCUGGAGUCAGCCGGCGGCCAAAUACUCUCCACACGCUGCACCGAAAGCUAUCAGACCAAGUCGGCACAGAUCUCCGUCUUUGGCAUACCGCUGUGGUAUCCCACCAAUACGCCCAGAGUGGCCAUCUCACCCAAUGUGCAGCCUGGCGAAUGCUGGGCCUUUCAAGGCUUUCCCGGAUUUCUAGUGCUGAAGCUGAACUCAUUGGUCUAUGUCAGCGGCUUUACGCUGGAGCACAUACCCAAGAGCUUGUCGCCUACGGGACGCAUUGACUCGGCGCCACGCAACUUUACAGUUUGGGGUCUGGAGCAUGAGAAGGAUCAGGAUCCCGUGCUGUUUGGCGAGUAUGAGUAUCAGGACAACGACGCCUCGCUGCAAUACUUUACAGUACAAAAUGUGGACAUCACUCGGCCCUAUGAGAUCGUUGAGCUGCGCAUCGAAACAAAUCACGGCCAGCCCACCUAUACGUGUCUGUAUCGCUUCCGUGUGCACGGCAAGCCCACACCCACAUAGAUCUAAGCCCAGUUAAUAAAAUGCAACUACAGUCAGGUGUACAUAGGAAUAACACUGUGCCUUAAAAAGGAGACUCAACGUUAAUCAAUAGCAAGCGCCCAACUAAAACCUAGGCUAACUAUAACUAUUAAAUGUCAGGCUAUAGUCUGUAAGUGUUUAUUUUGUAUCAUAAUAUCAUGUAUAUAUAUAUGCUAUGCUUAGGACACGCCUGUUGUCCACUAGAAUAUUUAUUUUGCAAGCGUUCGAAUUAGGUUUAAUGUGUUUUUGCCAUUUUGUAUAUCGUUUUCAGAACUUAAUAGUCAUAGGCUGAUAAACCACAACUAAUUAGGCCAUAUGCUUGCUAUUACUUAAGUUUAUGCAUUAAGCUAAGCACACACACACACACAACAGAAUAAUGAAUUAUUUGUAAAUGCCAUAGAACUGGCAAACUAUUGAAUUACAAAGCUUGAAUUUACAUAUCUCAAUACACACAACAAGAAUUUGUUUUAAGCACAACUGAAGCCCAAAAAUAGUUUACGUUAUAAAUUAAAUUAUGUA